CCAACCAAACACUUUCGCCUUCCCUUGUCGUCGCCGACUCAUCCAACCAAGCAAACUCGCGACGACACCCAAACCCUCGCUCCUCCUCGGCGGCGGCGGCGGCGGCGGCGUACGGACGGCAGAGGCGGCCAUGGCGGCGGUGGCGACUGUAAGCUCCGCCAGCGGGCUCCUCGCGAUGCUGCAGGAACCGGCGGCGGAGCUGAAGCUGCACGCGCUCGCAAGCCUCAACUCCGUCGUCCACCUCUUCUGGCCCGAGAUCUCCACCAGCGUUCCCGCCAUUGAGAGCUUGUAUGAAGAUGAGGAGUUUGAUCAGAGGCAGCUUGCAGCAUUAGUUGUUUCUAAGGUGUUUUACUACUUGGGCGAGUUAAAUGAUUCACUGUCAUAUGCACUUGGUGCUGGACCCCUGUUUGAUGUUUCUGACGAUUCUGAUUAUGCCCAUGCUCUUUUAGCCAAAGCACUAGAUGAAUAUGCCAGUAUCAAGAUCAGAGCCUCUAAAGCUACAGAGGAGGAACAGAGUGUUGAUCCUCGAUUAGAGGCCAUAGUGGAGAGGAUGCUUGAAAAGUGUAUCCUUGAUGGGAAAUAUCAACAGGCCAUGGGUAUGGCUGUUGAAUGCAGGAGGCUGGAUAAGCUGGAGGAAGCAAUUGUUCGGUGUGAUAAUAUUCAAGGGGCUCUAUCAUAUUGCAUCAACCUUUCUCAUCAAUAUGUUAAUCACCGUGAAUAUCGCUUUGAGGUUCUCCGCUGUCUUGUUAAAAUAUACCAAACUUUGCCAAAUCCAGAUUAUCUGAGCAUUUGCCAGUGUCUUAUGUUUUUGGAUGAGCCUGAAACUGUUGCAAGCAUAUUGGGCAAGCUGCUUUCGGGAAGCAAGGAUGAUGCUCUCCUCGCGUAUCAAAUUGCUUUCGAUCUUGUUGAGAAUGAAAAUCAGGCCUUCCUUUUGAAUGUGAGGAAUCGUUUGGUCUCACAAACUCCUGUGACAUCUAACCAUGACAGUGGGUCAGCUUUACAAGAUGAUCAAACUGCCAGUGUGGGUACAAGCACAGAACCAGCUGGAGAUGUUCAGAUGAGAGAUGACACAACUACACCGAAUGGAAGUGCUCACACUGUGGAUCUGAAUGAGGUAGCGCAUGCCGACAGGCUUAUAAAAAUUAAAGGAAUACUAUCAGGGGAGACUUCUAUUCAGCUGACGUUGCAAUUUCUAUAUAGCCACAAUAGGUCCGAUCUUUUAAUUCUUAAAACAAUAAAGCAGGCUGUGGAAAUGAGGAACAGUGUUUGCCACAGUGCAACUAUAUGUUCCAAUGCAAUGAUGCAUGCAGGAACUACUGUAGAUACCUUCCUGAGAGAGAACCUGGAGUGGUUAAGCAGGGCAACCAAUUGGGCAAAAUUCAGUGCAACUGCUGGACUAGGCGUCAUUCAUAGAGGCCACCUUCAACAAGGCCGGGCAUUGAUGGCCCCCUACCUGCCUCAAAGUGGUUCAGUUGGUGGUGGCAGUCCAUAUUCAGAAGGUGGUGCACUCUAUGCGCUAGGUCUGAUUCAUGCGAAUCAUGGUGAAGGAAUCAAACAAUUCCUCCGUGAAAGUCUUCGCAACACCAGUGCUGAGGUCAUCCAGCACGGUGCAUGUUUGGGACUUGGGCUUGCAGCUUUGGGCACAGCAGAUGAGGAGAUAUAUGAGGACAUAAAGAAUGUCCUUUACACAGACAGUGCUGUGGCAGGUGAGGCAGCUGGUAUUGGCAUGGGCUUGCUCAUGGUUGGGACCGCCAGCGAGAAGGCUAGUGAGAUGCUUGCUUAUGCACAUGAUACUCAACACGAAAAGAUUAUAAGGGGUUUGUCACUUGGCAUCGCUUUGACGGUAUAUGGCAGGGAAGAGGAAGCAGACACCUUGAUUGAACAAAUGACUAGAGACCAAGAUCCCAUAUUACGUUACGGUGGUAUGUACGCAUUGGCUCUGGCCUACAGGGGAACUGCAAACAACAAAGCCAUCCACCAGCUGCUGCAUUUUGCUGUAUCGGAUGUCAGUGAUGAUGUUCGGAGGACUGCAGUUAUGGCUCUUGGAUUUGUUCUAUACAAUGAACCCGAUCAGACUCCAAGAAUUGUGUCCCUUCUCUCUGAAUCAUACAACCCACAUGUUCGCUAUGGUGCAGCUUUAGCUGUUGGGAUAUCGUGUGCAGGAAGCGGAUUAAGUGAUGCGAUUUCCUUGUUGGAGCCUCUUACAUCAGACGUCGUUGACUUUGUGCGCCAGGGAGCUCUCAUUGCCAUGGCAAUGGUUAUGAUCCAAACUAAUGAAUCCUUUGAUUCUCGUGUUGGAACAUUCAGGCAUCAGUUGGAAAAGAUCAUUCUUGACAAGCAUGAGGACACCAUGAGCAAAAUGGGGGCCAUACUAGCUUCUGGUAUUCUUGAUGCUGGUGGUAGGAAUGUCACAAUCAAACUCCUCUCAAGGAACAAGCAUGACAAACUCACUGCUGUGGUUGGUCUUGCCGUUUUCAGUCAGUUCUGGUACUGGUAUCCUCUCCAAUAUUUCAUCAGCCUGGCCUUCUCGCCAACAGCCUUCAUCGGGCUCAACUCUGACCUGAAAGUGCCGAAGUUUGAUUUCAUAUCACAUGCUAAACCAUCCCUCUUCGAGUACCCCAAACCGACCACUCAGCAGACUACAACUUCAGCAGUGAAGCUGCCAACAGCCAUUUUGUCAACUUAUGCCAAGGCAAAAUCUAGGGCAAAGAAGGACGCAGAAAGCAAAGCUAACCAGGAGAAGACCACGGAAGAGGCUUCUGGUUCUACUUCAGGCAAGGGAGCUAAAACUCAGGAGAAGGAUGCUGAUGCAAUGCAGGUUGAUAAUGCUGCAGAGAAGAAGGCUCCUGAACCAGAACCAACAUAUCAGCUCCUGACCAACCCAGCUCGUGUGAUCCCUGCCCAGGAGAAGUUCAUCAAGUUCCUGGAAAGCAGUCGAUAUGUCCCUGUGAAACCUGCUCCGUCUGGAUUCAUCCUCCUCCGAGACCUGCAGCCCACUGAGGCUGAGGUCCUUGCACUGACCGAUGCCCCCUCUACAGUGGCAGCAAGCACGGGCAACACUGCAGCCACUGCAGGCCAACAGGGGACAGGAUCAUCUGCCAUGGCCAUAGAUGAUGAGCCGCAGCCGCCUCAACCCUUUGAGUACACCUCGUAGGCUGGAUUCGUAGAGGUUUGUAUUGGUGGUCUGAACUUACAAAUCAAGCUUUGCUUAAUUCUUUUUUGAGUAUGUAGUAGUGUGUGGAAAUUUGUUGUUGGUUGGAAACAUUGUAGAAUCUUCAGUAGAGAAAUUACUUGAAUUUGGAGUUAUAUAUAGGACGGGGACGUCGGGAGUCAUAAA